UGCGGGUGUCAGCCGACGGCCAGCUAUAUCUUGUGAAAAGACCCGUGUCAAUCGUAGCGUAACGCUCAUCACACCGACAGCAACCACCGUAAAGUCGUCCUGAAAACCCCGAACCAAGCAACACCGUAGCAGCAUGAGUUCGCCUUUACGCUGGGGCAUCGCGAGUGCCGGUAAGAUUUCGCACGAUUUCGCGAACGCUCUCGGAACGCUUCCGGCAACGGACCACCGGAUGGUUGCCGUGGCCGCUCGGAAACAAGCGGACGCGGACAAGUUCGCUACCCAACACGCCAUCGGAACGGCACACGAGGGUUACGAGGCACUGGCCAAGAACCCGGAUGUCGAUGUCGUUUACAUCGGUGCGGUCAACAACGCGCACUACGAGCUCGGGUUGCUGAUGUUGGACCAUGGCAAGCACGUCCUGUGUGAGAAGCCACUGUGUAUGAACGAGGCCCAAUCGCGCCGGUUAGUGCAACGGGCAACCGAACGUGGUCGCUUUCUGAUGGAAGCGAUCUGGUCGCGCUUUUUCCCACACUACGGGCUGGUGCGGGAACGCAUCGAGCGUGGGGCGUUGGGUGAGAUCCGCGAGGUGGACGUUGAGUUUGGGUUCGUCCUGUCCGAUGUCGAUCGCUUGCGGCUGAAGAGUUUGGGCGGUGGAACCGUGCUGGAUCUGGGCGUGUACACCAUCCAGGUGUGUUUGUGGGCGUUUGGUGGCCAGGCACCGAACAAGGUGGUGGCGUCCGGUGAGAUGAACGCUGAGGGUGUUGAUGUGGAGGUAACGGCUGAGCUGCAUUUUCCCGGAGGCGGUAUUGGGCGGAUGAAAACGAGCGCUUUGCGUCAGCUGAGAAACACCGCCAUCGUGAAGGGCAGCAAGGCGAGCAUGACGCUGCACGAUUUCUGGUGCCCACUGAAGCUGACCGACACGGAUGGAUCGGUGCGGGAGGACACUCUGCCGGUGGCUCGGUGCCCGUUCAACUUCCAGAAUAGCUGCGGUUUGCGGUACGAGGCGGAAGAGGUGCGCCAGUGCAUCGCCGCUGGUCGGUUGCAGUCGGCGUCGGUGACGCACGAGGAUAGCUUGCUCAUCGCCCGGAUUCAGGACGAAAUUCGGAAGCAAGUCGGCGUUGUCUUCCCGCAGGAUGCCCAAUUCGCUUCGUAAUGAUUGGUGAGCGGGAUGAUUGAAUCAGCCCUUCGUGCGCUGGUGCAAAAUAGGAAGGAAAUGCUAACGCGUUGAUUUCUACGGCAUGCGAUGGGUGUAAAAGUGAAUGGACGAAUUUAAAUUAAAGCAGUUGCAAAUGA